CUGGCCUGCCGCCAUCUUAGAUACGCUCCCCUCCUUCACCUCCUGUGGUGUGUGAGCGUUUGAGGCUGGCGGCCAGCUCGCCGUCUUCUCAUCGCCGCGCAGAGCUGAGGCGUGAGGAGAAAGGUACGCAGUGCUAGAGAUAGCCAUCUUCGUCCAUCCAAGUGUGAAAUUUUCUUUGCAGUUACUGUCGCUUUAACAUACCUUCAGAGAGGACAAUGUCCAACGUGCCAGUGGCUGUGGUGACCGGGUCCAAUAAAGGGAUCGGAUUUGCAAUUGUGCGGGCUUUAUGCAAGCAGUUCCCGGGGGACGUAUACCUGACAGCUCGAGACCCCAGCCGUGGCCAGGAUGCAGUGGCAAAGCUCCAGGCAGAAGGGCUGCAUGCUUUCUUCCAUCAGCUGGAUAUCGAUGAUCUGCAGAGCAUCAGAGCUCUCCGUGACUUCCUGAAGGAGAAAUAUGGAGGGCUGAAUGUGCUGGUUAACAAUGCAGGGAUCGCUUUCAAAGUUCAUGACACAACUCCAUUUGCGGUCCAAGCAGAAGUUACACUGAAAACAAACUUUUUUGGAACCAGAAAUGUUUGCACAGAAUUGUUGCCUCUUGUGAAGCCUUAUGGUAGAGUGGUGAAUGUCUCUAGUAUGGUAAGUAGCUCAGCUCUAGGAGGCUGCAGCCAAGAGCUACAGCAAAAGUUUCGCAGCGACACAAUCACUGAGGACGAGCUGGUGGAACUCAUGACCAAAUUUGUGGAAGAUACCAAGAAAAGUAUGCAUGAGAAAGAGGGUUGGCCAAAUACUGCCUAUGGAGUAUCCAAAAUUGGUGUCACGGUCUUGUCCAGGAUCCAAGCGCGGAUGUUAAAUGAGACGAGAAAAGGUGACCACAUCCUUCUCAAUGCCUGCUGUCCUGGAUGGGUGAGAACAGACAUGGCAGGUCCUAAAGCCACUAAAUCGCCAGAUGAAGGGGCUGAGACCCCAGUUUAUUUGGCCCUUUUGCCUUCUGAUGCUGAUGGUCCUCAUGGCCAGUUUCUUAGUAACAAAACUGUUCGAACCUGGUGAGCUUACGUACGUGGGCCUAUGCAAGUGGUAGUGUGACUGUGGAUUAGCCUGUGCCCUGGUAGGGUGCAUUUUCCCAGAGCAGUCUCAUCUUGUCCACAGCAGCAGCCGGGUGCUUUAUCUUUACAAUGAGGGUUACAGUUAUGGUACUCCUCUGGGAUUGAGCCUACACUAGGGUACACUUCCCAGUUGCCUCCAUUAGCCUGCUCACAGCACUGACUCUAUAGCCUGAAAUCUGAUUUGGGGGUGUUCCAGCCCAGAUGAUAGAGUAACUCGGUGUUGCCCUAAUGCAGAGGUGCCUGACCUAGUUUACCUGAAUUUACUGCUAAUUAAAUCAUUGCCAGCCAUUCUCACACUUUUCCUCCUCCUCCUCCUCCCCCCCCCCCCCCCCCCAACAGAUCUCUGACGUGGAGUUGGGAUGAGGAAGCAGAUGCCUUAUGCUUUCUCAGCACCCUAGAUUUUUUUUCUAGGGACCAUAGUUACUUCUUGAGGUUGUACAGGGUUUCUUAAAAGCAGGAGGAGGCUGUUCUGAGAUCUACAGUCUGAUCAGUUGCGGGGCCGGGGCAGGGGGGGAGCAGCUAAUAAGGAAUCUCUAUACAGCAGUGAUUCUGUUCUGGUCUUACUAUCAGUACAAAAUGGAAUUAGGUGAAAAUCAGAAAAUUUAGUCAGUUGAUUUAAUUGAUAUAUAUGUCAAUAAAUGAUUACUUAGGAAUUUGUAUUCAUCCAACUGGCUUACUCUGAUACUAAAAAAAUUAUAAUGUUUGAAAAUACACUUUCAUUUUCUGCAGUUAAGUUUGUAGCUGUAAUGUAUGUUGUUCAGAUUAUAUAAAGAUAAAAUAAACUACAGAACUGAUAUAACAAACUA